AUGGCUGUGCAUUCUCGGGGGGUGCUAACGACCGAAGCAGUGGAAGCCGACGUGGAAUUGACGGGUGUCGGUGCCUUAUUAGCAGGCGAAGAGGACGACGAUGCGCCGCUCCUUCGGAACUACGACAUGGCUACACCUGCCGUUGGUGCUGCUGCUUCACCUGGUGUACACCCCCUGCCCAGUUCCUCUUACACCCGAGACAGCCACAGCUGGGCGUCGAAGCUGAUGUUCUCCUGGGUUGAUCCUGUGCUUGAGAAGCUUUGA